CUGCGCUCAGGGUCCUGCCGGCUGCUGCUUCCAGGCGUUUCACGCACCGCAGGAACCGAGCCUUUCCUGCUCCCUGCGCUCCCACAGUCCUGAGAGCUCCCUGCGCUCCUACAGUCCUGACAGCUCCCUGCGCUCCUACAGUGAAGCUCAGCCUCAACAGCCCCUGGCCACAGAGAGUCAUUCAUAACACCAUGGAGAGCCUGAGCACUCUCCUGCUAACUGCUGCUGUCUGCUUGCUCUGUCAAGGCUGCAGCGGCUCCGAGGCCGAGCACCGGCUCUAUACGGCCCUCUUCGAGAGCUACAAUCAGUUCGUACGCCCCGUGAAGAACGUGUCGGACCCCGUCAUUGUCCAGUUCGAGGUGUCCAUGUCGCAGCUGGUGAAGGUGGACGAAGUCAACCAGAUAAUGGAAACCAACUUGUGGCUGAAACACAUCUGGAAUGAUUACAAGCUUCAGUGGAAUCCAGCAGACUAUGGAGGUGCUGAAUUCAUCCGAGUUCCAUCUGGCCAGAUCUGGAAGCCAGAUAUUGUUUUAUAUAACAAUGCAGUUGGGGAUUUCCAGGUUGAUGACAAGACAAAGGCCCUUUUAAAAUACACAGGUGAUGUGACAUGGAUACCUCCAGCGAUAUUUAAAAGUUCAUGUAAAAUAGAUGUAACCUACUUCCCAUUUGAUAAUCAGAACUGCACCAUGAAGUUUGGCUCCUGGUCUUACGACAAAGCCAAAAUUGACUUAGUUCUAAUUGGCUCUACAAUGAACCUGAAGGAUUACUGGGAGAGUGGAGAAUGGGCUAUAAUUAAAGCUCCUGGGUACAAACAUGACAUCAAAUACAACUGUUGUGAAGAGAUAUAUACAGACAUCACAUAUUCUCUUUACAUUAGGCGCUUACCCUUGUUUUACACUAUCAAUAUGAUUAUUCCCUGUCUGCUGAUUUCUUUUCUGACUGUCUUAGUUUUCUAUUUGCCCUCAGACUGUGGUGAGAAGGUGACACUCUGCAUAUCAGUGCUUCUCUCUUUAACAGUGUUCCUUCUUGUUAUCACAGAAACCAUACCUUCUACUUCCCUGGUAAUUCCUCUUAUUGGGGAGUACCUGCUUUUCACCAUGAUCUUUGUGACUCUCUCAAUUGUCAUCACAGUAUUUGUACUCAAUGUGCACUACAGAACACCCAAGACACACACGAUGCCCGUGUGGGUCAGAACCAUUUUCUUGAACUUACUUCCCCGGAUCAUGUUCAUGACAAGGCCUGCCAGUGAUGAGGAGAACAAUCAGAAGCCAAAGCCAUUAUUCACUUCUGAGUUUUCAAACUUGAAUUGCAUCAACAGUUCUGAAACCAAAUGCUGCAAAGAUGGCUUUGUUUGUCAAGACAUGGCAUGCAGCUGCUGCCAGUGCCAGCGCACCAAGUUCUCGGAUUUCAGUGGCAAUCUCACUAGAAGCUCAAGCUCUGAGUCUGUAGAUCCUAUGCUUUCAUUUUCAGUUCUGUCACCAGAAAUGAGAGAUGCUAUUGAAAGUGUGAAGUACAUUGCAGAAAAUAUGAAAAUGCAGAAUGAAGCAAAAGAGAUUCAGGAUGACUGGAAAUAUGUUGCCAUGGUUAUUGAUCGUAUUUUUCUAUGGGUUUUCAUCCUGGUAUGUAUUCUAGGAACAGCAGGAUUGUUUUUACAACCUCUGAUGGCUGGAGAUGAAAUGUAAAGAUUAAAUAAAAUGCUGUGAAAUCAAAUAAAACUGCCAACCAACUCUGCAUCCCCCUCCCAGCACAUCAUGUCUCUUCCAUGUGUAGUGGAACAAGGAUCUCUCUUGGCUUCAACUUUGUUUGACCAAGGCAGCUUUGUUCAAAAUGUGGAAAAAGAACAGUGAUUUCACGAUUAUAAGCCGCACCAUUUUGACUAAAAUUUUGGUCCGAACCCGGAA